UUGGAUAAAACAGGAACACACACACACGUGUUGCAGUGUCGUGUUCUGCCGCUAGAGAGCGCAGUCUGCCGUCCACCGCUCGCAUCACCAUAGAAACCGACGUGCUUUGCGACAUGUUUACAUGGUUUACGACAUGUUUACGAGCCACUCCUGCUGGAAAGCGCAGUCCACAGAAACUUCAGUCUCCUGAGUGCAGGUCAGAGCUCAUGAACACACACAUGUGGAGGGCAGCAGCACACAGUGGGAGAUGGACAGCUGUCAAUCAACUCAUCCGCACACACUCAGGUGUGAGCAGAAGGCGUGUGAUGGGCUCCUGCGGCCGCAUGUGGUCUGGUUUGGAGAGACGCUGGACUCGCACAUCCUCACUAAAGUGGAGAAGGAGCUGGAGACCUGCGACCUGUGUCUGGUGGUGGGCACUGCAGCAGUGGUGUAUCCGGCGGCCAUGUUUGGUCCUCAAGUGGCAUCACGUGGCGUUCCAGUGGCCGAAUUCAACACUCGACCCACAGUGAACACACCCCGAUACAGGUUUCAUUUCUCGGGCCGCUGUGCUGACACUCUUCCAGUGGCUUUAGCUCCUCACGAGUCUGAAGACUGAAGAUCUCGCUCAUCUCAGACGGACACAACUGGAAACGUGUGUGUGUGUGUGUGUGUUCUGGAAGCUUCUCCUGUGCCUUUGAGCUCCAUCAGUGUGUGUUUACAGUCGGUCUGUGCUUUACUGUUGCCUUCUGAUCAUUCCUGAACAUUCACCAGCAUUAAAGACCAAUCAAUAAAGCAGAUCUCAUAUCA